AUGUCAUCCACAUCGUCGAAUCGAGAACGUUACAAUCCGAAAUUCACCGAAAUUUGUAUUGGCAAUGUCAGUUGUAAUACCGAACCUGCCACUUUAUUACGUUAUUUUGAACAAUUUGGUAGCAUCGUACAAUAUAAUUUUACUUCACCAACCGGUGGUUUCGUUUUCAUAGAAUACAAGCACCUAUCCAUGGUUGAUGAUUGUAUGAAAGCCAGACCACAUCAUCUCGAUGGGCAUCAUUUAUAUGUCAAACGCGCAUUGCCUGUUGAUGAUGAACAUCCACGUGAACGUUUCGAAACUACACGUGAUCUAAUGGUUGUAAUCGAUUUUGGUGAUACAAUUUGUGAUGAAAAAGAAUUUCUAUCUGAACUUCGCGACUAUUUUUCUUCAUAUGGAAGACUGUAUGCUUGUAAAUAUUGUCAAGAGAAAAAUUUCCGUUAUAUUCUCGUUGAAUUUGCAGAUAAAGAUCAAGUAGACCGUAUCAUUCUCGAUAAGCCACAUUAUUAUUAUGAUCAUCUACUUGAUGUUAUGAAAUCUAUACCAUCAAAUUUUGACAUAAUGAAUAAAAAAUAUGAAUCAAAUAAACAACAAUCACAUGUAAUAAUCAAGGAUGCAAUUGUUGAUGAUAAUUAUGAUUAUACAAAGGUUCGAAAUGGUUUCAGCAGGAGUAAUUCAGGAGCAAAAGAACUGAUUAAUGAAAUUGAUCUAGAAAAUGAAGUGUAUCGCCUUCAAAAUGUUUUGAAAAAAAUGAGUGAAGAGUUUGCUACUAAGCGACAACAACUUGAAGCUCAAUUUUCAGAACAAUUAAAACAACUGGAUGCUAAUACUGAGCAAACGAAUCUGUUACAAAAAGAUCGAGAACAAGAAUAUGCUAAAUUAUCAGCUGAAUACGAAUCAAAAAAACUUGAAAAUGAAUCACUUAAUGAACAAUAUUUAGCAGCUGAGUUAGAAAAUUUUGAAAUUACAUCUUAUUAUGAACAGAUUCUUUCCGAAGAAAAAGAUAAAACAAUUCAACUUGAAGCUGAAUAUGCACAAAAGUCAAAAGUAUUAAAUUCUAAACAGCCAUUCUCACCUUCAUCUCCGUGUCUUAUGAGUCCUUCAUCAUCGAAAUGGCCACCAGAACCUGCCUUACAUAAUAACACUCAAAAUUGA